CCGACUCUUCCGACCAGCCCCUGUUUUUAGCUGGUUUAUGAGUUAGCUUUGUUAAUGUGUUCUGUGGUAGAUCUUGCCGGGUUUAUAAACCAUUGACAGCACAAGAAUGUUAUUCGGUGGUGAUAUAGAGGGGCAGAAGUGAAUUGUUUUAGCGUCUUGGGAUAUUUUAGGUCAGACGCUUACAGUGGGCAUGUGUGAUAAGCCGCUUUGGGUAGGAAGGAGCUACCUGGCUGGCUGACUGUCUAUGCAGCUGUCAUCGCACCUUAGCUGUUUAGCUUAGCCGCAUAGGUGGGAUAAAGACUCUACCUCAGGGCAAAAACACUGCUUGUAACGUUAUCUAGCAGUCGCCACUUGGAGUGAAUGCUAGUAUUUCACCUUUUUGCUUGAAAACUAUAGAGACAACGUCUGGUCCAAGAAACGCUGUGUAGUGUUUUUUUUUUUAAAUACUUUGAAGUCCAGUUCGUGGGCUAGCAUUCAGCUAUCCGCUGUCAUUCAGUCAAAGCCAACUGUUUCCAUACGCCACCGCCGACCAUACGUAAAAAUACGGAAGACUUUCUUCGGAGAUUUUUAUACGCCAGGAUACCAGAAUUCGAUAACACCUAGUGGGAAUGAAGAAAUUUUUUGACUCGCGUCGGGAGCUGGGAGUCUCGGGGCCUGGCCCGGGAGCCGGCGCAGGAGGCGGUGGAUCCGGCGGCGGAGGCAGCUUCAUCGGCCGGGUGUUUACCGUUGGACGGUAUCAAGGGACCAUCGAAGAGAUUGUGGCUGAAGGGGGUUUUGCCAUUGUAUUUUUGGUGCGAAUUAAUCAGGGUCAACGGUGUGCUCUAAAGCGGAUGUAUGUCAACAAUGAGCACGAUCUACAAAUUUGCAAGCUGGAGAUACAGAUCAUGCGAGACCUUGUGGGCCACAAAAACAUUGUUGGCUUCCUGGAUUCCAGCAUAGCUAGAGUUGGGGCUGGUGACGUGUGGGAGGUUCUAAUCUUAAUGGACUUUUGUCGAGGUGGACAAGUGGUCAACCUGAUGAACCAGCGCUUACAGACCGGCUUCACAGAGGCAGAGGUGUUACAGAUAUUUUGUGACACGUGUGAGGCUGUUGCUCGUCUGCACCAGUGCAAGACUCCAAUCAUUCAUAGGGACCUCAAGGUGGAAAAUAUUCUUCUACAUGAUCAAGGACAUUAUGUACUUUGUGACUUUGGAAGUGCUACAAACUGCUUUCAAAAUCCACAGACAGAGGGUGUAGCCACCAUUGAGGAGGAAAUAAAAAAGUACACCACUUUAUCAUAUCGCGCUCCAGAGAUGGUCAACCUCUAUGGUGGUAAAGUCAUCACUACAAAGGCAGACAUAUGGGCUAUGGGAUGUCUACUGUAUAAACUAUGUUACUUCACACUUCCUUUUGGGGAGAGCCAAGUUGCUAUCUGUGAUGGCAGUUUCACCAUUCCAGACAAUUCACGCUACUCCAACGAUAUGCACUGUCUCAUCAGAUAUAUGCUGGAACCGGACCCAGACAAGAGGCCAGACAUCUAUCAAGUGUCUUACUUUGCCUUUAAACUCAGUCGACAAGAGUGUCCAGUUCCAAAUUUUCAUAAUUCAUCCAUUCCUGCAAAACUUCCAGAGCCCAUUAAAGCCAGUGAUGCAGUAGUCAAAAAGAGUCAAAACAAAACCAGGAUCACAGACCCCAUUCCUACUACUGAAACCUCCAUAGCACCUCGGCAAAGGCCUAAGGCUGGCCAGACUCAACCACAGCCUAUUUCAGGCAUUCUUCCCAUACAAGCAGCUGCUCUGACCCCACGCAAAAGGCCCAAUGUGGCUGCUGGAGCACCCCAGGCUAUAGCUCCAGGUGCCGUCCAGACUGCUCAACAGACCCCCUCUGCUGCUCAGGCAUCUUUGCGACCAAUGCAGACCACCAACAUUCAGCCUCAGGUCACACCGCAACCACAGAAGCUCCUCAUGAAACAGCAGCUGCCUUCCGCUUUCCUACACCCACAGAAUAACCAGCAGCAGCAGCAGCAUGAGGUCCCAGCUCUCCGUCUGAUUCCCAUUCCUGAGUGUUCCGUCACUGAGCCAGCUGCUGACCCAGAUGUGACUGCUGGGUCAGACCAUCACAGAGUCGGCUCCCUAACACCCCCCUCGUCCCCGAAGAUUGCGCCCAAGAGUGGCCAUAGACGCAUCCUGAGUGACGUCACUCACAGUGCCAUCUUUGGGGUCCCAAUCAGCAAGUCCACACAGCUCCUGCAGGCCGCCGCAGCUGAGGCCAGCCUCAACAAGUCCAAAUCAGCCAGCACGACACCUUCUGGCUCCCCAUACUCAUCCCAGCAGACUGUAUAUCACCCUGCUGACACAGAUACCCAGUCUGCCCGUAGUAAAACCAACGCGCAACCCAGUUGGAACCCCUUUGGCGACGAUAACUUCUCCAAGCUCACUGCUGAGGAGCUGCUUAACAAAGACUUUGCAAAGCUAGCUGAAAAUGUUGCAGCAGAGGAGAAGUCCAGGGGUGACAAUCUCAUUCACGGGCUCAAUUCAAUUGCAGACAACUUGAUUGAUCAUGGUCAGACGCCUCAUGGAACUUCUCUUCUGCACACUGACCUCUUAACCCUAACUGAACCUCUGAGCACGAUUGCUGUAAAGACAGGGGCAUGUGUGGAUUCACUAAUUCCUGGGUUGGAAGCCCCUCCAGCCCAGCAGUACUCAGGCCAAUUGGAGCUCACCUCUGCAGGCAUGCCAGACUCUUUAACUGGGAAGGACUCACUGCUGGACUACCAUCUUCUCUCUCAUACUCGUUCUCAUGGAAACCCAACUUCUGUUCAAACUUCCUCCUAUCGCUCCUCUGCUCCUCUUGGCUCCUGCUCUGCAUCCUGCCUGGAGGAGCAGCAGCCUUCUCACACAGCUGCUGACUCUUCUUUCCCCAUGUCACAAGGGCAGCAAGGGAAUAAUCAAGAGUUUGACCCUAUUCCCGUGCUUAUCUCCAAAACCUCAAACCAAGAUUCGCAACUUGAAAGAAACGGCUAUUCUGUGCUAGGCCAAGAAGGGUGCGAUCCUGAAACUCUUGGAGAUUUUGCUGCAAAUGACAAAUGUCUUCACUCUAGUGAUGAAGACCAGGAAAAGGAAGCCUAUCGAGAAGAUCGGAAGAAUUAUAGGGGUACCACCAAAGGUCAUACUUCAGCCCAAGAACCGCUACUGGUCGACUCUGAAGAUGACGAAGAACACGGAGCUGAACCUAGCAUCCUUUCUACAGCAGCUGCACCCGCCGCCAUUGCCCAGAAUCAUUCCCAGUUUAAUCCCGAGCCAACCAGCGCAGAUGUCUUCUCAAAAGCUCCUUUUAGACUAACGCAGCAAGGAACAGGCGACGUGUUCGCCAACGCGCCAUUUCCGAGUGGACCGUUUGCAACCCAGCGGCCGUUGGACGUGUUCUCCCAGGCUCCGUUUGCAAAAAAGAAAGAGGCUUCAGCUCCCACGUACAUUCAAGGGGCAGCUGAGAUGCCCGAACAAGGUGUGUUGGGACAGACAGCCACACACACAUUCCGCCCACAGUCUUUAGCCAAAUAUUCCCGUCACUUUGAGGGAAAGGUCACCCAGCAGCCUGAGAACCUGUUUAAUGUGAGCAAUCAAACUGGGGUACACACCAUUGACCCAUUUAUCAGUGCACCAUUUCACUUCAAAGCUCCACAGGAAAAGCCCUGACGAACUCCUUUCUCAACAUUAUGCAACUAUUUGACACUGAAACUACUGCUUCAAAGUGAUAUGCAUGUAAAGGAUGCAAACCAUAUUUCCAUGAACCCUGAAAUGCUUUUGUGCCUAAACCUGAGCAGACCUUAACAGCACUGACACAUAUUUAAUGCUUUUGUUGAGAAUGCAAGCUGUUCACAUUGGCACAGUAAAAGCAAGUACUGUACAACCUUAUCACAGCUUAUUCUUUAAUUCAUACAAGUGUCACAGGGUUGUUGCUAUGAGCAUCUCAAAGUAGUUACGACUAGCGUUCUUUUUUAUGUUUUCAAGGCUUUCUAUGCACCCGCAUUCAAAAAUACAACCGGGUGGUCAAGCAUUUGUUCUCUUGCCUACCUCACAUUUGUCUUGUUACUCUGUUUAGAUUCAAGGUGAUCAAGUGAGGCAUGUGUCUCCUUCCAGUCACUAAUGUGUCUCUGCUGAAAAUGAACAAUGCUGUUUGUGUUCGUUGCGUAAGCCCUAAGUACUCCAAUAUAAACAGUAAAAACUGGACACUAUUCCUGAUGUUUGUGAAUUAAGCAUUCGCUUGGAAGAUGUUCCUCCAAAUAAACAUGCUACAAGUUAAUAUUAUAGCACAUGCCACACCAAGUACGGAGAUCUCUGCAAUAUGCAUUAUGCAAAAAAACAACAUUCACCAUCUCCAAACGGUACUAUAGGUCUCUAAUGGUCAAAAUGCUCUGUACUGUACAGAUAAGUAAUUCCUGCAAUGAGUGCGUGUCUUGUGUGGGUGAAAUAUAGAGCACUUGUUGAUCAGGGAUUAACAAAUUAGUAGCAAAGAUUGGUAGCCGAUUAAAAUCAAGGAGAACAUUUCAGAUUUUUUAAUUGCACUUUUAUGUUAAACAUUCAAACUGGUGGAACCCAAAACUGAAUGACGAUGUUCAUCUGUUGUAAUGUAAAUGUUUUGUUUACACUUUGAAUGUAACUGGAGAGGUUUUGACAGGUUUGAAACACAGCUGACCUACUGUUGGACAAAAAGUGCUUGAAAUGAUUGAUCACAGCUUGCCUUUGUUGUCCUGAAAAAAUAUUAAAUGAAUGUAAAUCAUA